AUUACAGAGAAACCAGGCCCUCCUCUGGCAGUGACCAUCACAGAUGUUUGGGGGUUUAAUGCUGCUUUGGAGUGGAAAGCCCCAAAGGACAACGGCAACUCGGAUAUCAUCGGCUACUUCAUCCAGACGGAUAAAAAGACCAUGGAAUGGUUCACGGUUUACGAGCACAAUCGCCGGCACAACUGCACCAUCUCCGAUCUGAUCAUGGGCAACGAGUAUUUAUUCCGCGUGUACAGUGAGAACCUGUGUGGCCUGAGCGACACACCUCAACAGUCAAAGAAUACAGCCUUCAUCCAGAAAACCAGUAAGGACUACUCACCGCCACCGUUCAAGGAGCACGAUUUUAACCACGCUCCCAAGUUUACGCAGCCAUUGCUGGAUCGGUCAGUGGUGGCCGGCUACACGACCAAGCUCAGCUGCUCUGUGCGAGGAAACCCGAAGCCAAAGAUUGUUUGGAUGAAAAACAAAAUGGAUCUGUCAGGUGACCCCAAAUUCCUGAUGCGUCACAACGAGGGGGUGUUGACCCUACAGAUCCGCAAACCCAGCACCUUUGAUGGGGGGAAAUACACCUGCAAGGCCAUCAAUGACCUGGGCGAGGACGAGGUGGAAUGCAAACUGGAAGUCAGGAUGCCUCAGUAAAGGGCAUCUCGUGGAAUGUAGUAUCACAUUCAGCCAGCUUGGGUCCGGCGUUGCAGAGCUCCGGGGGUUUGGGAGUGAUGCAUUGCCCGGCAGUGAAGAAGGGCGAAAGCGACUAUGUCCCUCUUUGACCACGGAAAGGACCCUGCGUGUUUGUAUGUUGCCACGAUUAUUGUACUCAAUGGCAUGCAGUGCUCUGCCUUGUGUCUGUCUCCAUAAUCCCGGUUAUAUUGUUAGUAAAAAAUAAACCUUAGAAGCGAAA